AUGUUACCAAAAAAUCAAAUUCUUAAUCUACCAGUAUUUGAUGGUUGUAAUAAUCCAACUAAUCUACCAAAUACAAGUUAUGUUGUUAAUUGUGAUAAAUAUUGUACAAGUAUUGCUAUUGAAUGUCCAAAUCCAACAGUAUGUACUGAAAAAUAUUUAUACAUUAGAGGAUGUCAAAAUACUUUAACACAAAAUAUACAACCAAAUGUUAGUGAUAAUGAUUUAGACAAAAAUAACCAAUAUUGUGAAUAUGAUAGUGGUUUUCUUGCUUACAAAGUUAAUGGAAAUCCUAUUAAUUUAGAAUAUAUAGCUUCAUUGUGUUUAUCUAAUAUUCAAGAUCCUAAUAAUAAACAACAUUGUAAUGAUUAUUUAUCACCAACAAGUAAAUAUCCAAUAUCACAAUUAAAGAAUUCCUGUAAUGCAUUAAAAUCAUCUCGAAAUAUUCCAUGUUAUAAAUGUGAUGAUGAAGAAAAAAAUUGUCGUUCAGGAAGUGAUGGUUCUCAAACAUAUUGUUAUAAAAGAUAUAUGAAAGUAGGUAGUGAUAAUUAUUAUGUUGUAAAAGGUUCAUCAAAUAUAAAUCCAUAUUUUACAAAUAAUUUUUGUUAUGAUGAUACAACAACAUAUUCUUUAUCAUCAUUUAUAAGUGUUCCAGCAAAACGUGGAGUUUGUUUUUGUUCUGAUAAAGAUUAUUGUAAUGGUAGUAAUGAAAUAUAUUAUAUGAAGAAACAACUAAUAAUAGUCACAAUUUUUGUUUUUCUUUCUUUUUUCUUUUAA